AUGCGAAUGAUUGGCAAAGGUCAUGCUGGUGCAUCAAAGGUUUGCUCUGUCAUGAACAUGCCACUACCACCACCUAGACCAAAGUCUUUCAAGAAGUCAUCUCGUGUCGUUGCUAAGCAUGCAAAGACAGUUGCUAAGAAGAGCAUGAAAGCAGCUGCAAAAGAAGUGUGUGUUUUGCAACAAAAUGAAGAUGUUGAUGGAACAAAUCCUGUAAACUGUGGUAUUUGAUGUGUCGGUACCUGGCAACGAAGGGGACAUUCAUCAUGUAAAGGGCGUGUUACGGUUAUGUCGAUGGAUAGCGGGAAAGUUCUUGAUGUUGAGACACUGAGUCACUGACUACAUUUUGCAAAAGAGGCAAUCAUUGAACUUUUAAAUCUACUGGAUAUUACUCCUGGCAAGUAUACAGAAG